AUGGAUGAAAAAAGAAAUCUUGUUGUCAUUUGUGGGGAAAACAAACGUUUAUGAUGGUGAAACUAGUGGCGCGCGCCUUCGAAACACUGCUUCAUGAAGCUUUUACAAAGCUGUUUGUUUCGAAAUUGGUUUGUAAACUAUGUCAUUAUACAUUUUUAAAGUCUUUGUAAGCUUUCCUUUCACUUAAUUUUGACUAGCAGCAGGUGGACCGCUCCGACACAGUGAAUCAUUUGCCGAAUCAAUUGAUUCACUUAUCGCCGUAAUCUUGAGAUUCGCUGAACAAAUCAGUGAAUGAAUCUUUUUAGUGAACUGAUUCAAAAGAUUCGAGUCUCUGUGAUGAAUCAAAAACCACGCUCUUCCUCCUCACUGGCAUAUGUUUAUCAAAACAAAGCCACUUCUGUUGCGGACACAAGUCUGUGACCUCAGACAGCAGUCUGCCGUGACCCUUGCUCCCGUUAUCACGGAUUGAAUCUUUUAGGACCGAGUUUUGUCGGAGCUUUCCAGGAUAGCCGCGUCUGUCACCUGUUUAUCACCUGCUCGACCCCACCCAUUCUACAGGUAACCAUCGCGAGAUUUCACUGACGGGUUUCGGUCAAAAUCCCGUGUCUGUGGGAAAGGUAAAGUUUGGAUUUGGAAAACCAAAACAAAUGUGAUCUGCGCCCUAUACGCAACAAUGAGCCAGCCGUCCAGAAACCAGCGUGCGCAGAGAGAGAGAAAUGGGGGAAACUAUAGUGGGAAGAGAGACAGAGAGCACCGCAGCCGACGGGACAGUCCUAGUGACCGACGGUCAGGCAGUGAGAGGUCUUCCAGCCAGCUUCCGUACUACCCCAGAGAUUCUCAGAGACCCGCGAGGAGCGCUCCUCGAGAGGAACACCGGGAGUCAAAGUGCUCUUACAUCUGUUCAAGGACAGGUAUCGUGUUGAUAUGUACCGUCCUGACCAAUGCGUUGGUGCUCAUCUGCAUUGUGGCUGCUCACAUGUCGCAGAUGGGAAUGUCUGCAAUGGGUAUGGGCGGCACAAGCUUUAUUGACACCAUCACUCCUUUUGAGGGGACGGAGCUGCAGAAGGUGCGUGAGCUUGACAUGCAGUACGGACAAAUGAGAGCACCUCUAGUCUAUGGAGGCGUGGCGUUCAGCCUCACAUUUGGUAUACUUUCACUCCUGUUCGUAGUGUCCGGCAGCAAACCCGCCCACAUACUUCCACGGAAGCUUCUGAUUGGACAGUUUGCAUUCCUGAUCAUUGGUGCAGUGGGUUAUGUGGUUGCUGUAGGUUUGUACUUGCAUUUCGUGAUCUACGUGAACUCAACCGACAUGUGCCGUCAACGUGAACGACUGUACGCUCGUAAUGGAUAUACCUGGAUGAACUGUAGCGUAAAUGGGGGAGAUGCAUCCGUCGCACUAUUUGGAAUCAUAACCGCAAUUCUGUAUGCUGUUGGCGCCUUUUUAACGGGGAAAACAAUCCAGGAUGUCCGAAAUUACUUUAAGGAGCGUGACCGCUACAAAGCCGAACGAAGAGAACAAACCAGAGAUCUCCAAGAAAGAACUCUUAAUCCUGACAUUUAUGUCUGAGUUGUGCUACAAAAUAUGUGGACUUAAACCUUCUCGACUGGAUGUACAUAAACUGGUUUUAAUUCCUUUUUCUUUUUUCCUUUUUGUUUUUUACAUUUUUUUUUUUUUUUUACAUUUUUUACCAAGAAAUCUGUUUUUAGAAUUUUUAUUAGAGUUGAAUUAGUUUUAUUUUAUUUAGUAUAAAUACUGCAUAAAAUGUAGCUGUGGCUUUUUGCCUCAUGAAUAAAAAAAUGUAUCAAAAUAAGUGAAUACAAAAAUA